GGUACUGCAGCCCCCCGAGCCUCUGCCCUGCCCGUCGCCGCCGGGUGCCGGGGAGCGGGGGAAGGACGGCUGCUGAGGGAGGGAAGGGCGAGGGGCGGGAGCGAGCGGCGGGUGGGGCGUUGUCCUUAAAUUGAUGGGAGGGGAGAAAGGGAUUCGGGAGCGCGAAGGGACCCGGUGGCUGAGAAAAACGACGCGGAGGGACGGGGCCGGUUUCGGCGGGCGGCGGAGGCGCGUUCGCAGCGCGCCGGGGGCAGUGGGCAGGGCCGGGCGAGCGGAGUCGGAACAGGGCUGCACCCCCCGAGCCCCGGCGCGCCCCUCUCCAGGCGGUGGAAGCGACGGCGUGCCGGAAAAUCCCGGCGGGGCAGCGCCGGGCGGUGUGCAGGCGGCGCAGGAGGCGGAGCGGGCUCCGGGCGCUCCCCGCCCUUUCGGCCGCCGCCUUUGGAAGGUCGGGCCAGGCGCCCGUCCCGUCCCUCCGGCUCCAUCUCUGGGAACUUCUCUCUGCCUUCACAGCUCCGUGCCGGAGAGUGGGAGAAAGGUCCCUGCUGCUUGCCCUGUCCUCGGUGGGCAGAGAGCUCUGACCUCCGCCGGAUGGGCUGCCGAUUUUGAAGCACUCUGCAGAGAUCUGCCUGGGAGGAAAAGCAGAGCCAAGGACUGAGAACUGAUGUGUGAGCUCUUGUGAGGACUGCUGCUCCCCCUGCCUUGGUGUGGGACCUCCUGAGCUCCCCUUCCUGUGCUGGGAGUGUUUCUCCUCUCAUCCAGCCAAGCCAGAGACCUCCUAGGGAUUCAAGCAGCGUGAAGACUGAAAGUGUAAGAAGAUGUGGGGUGCAGUGGAGAAUGCGGCAGGAGCACCCAACACACAAGUGCACGAGUUUUGCUUUUUGCUUGGAUUGAAACUCAGAGGUUGUAAGAAGUUUGGGAAUGACAUGGGAUGUUUCAGAAGAAGAGGAAGGAGGAGAAGAAGCAGAAAAAAUUAUUGUUACAGUCCUGGCAAAAUCUUUUGUUCUAGCUAAUAAAAGAAAAUUUUAAAAAAAGCAAAAAAUAUGUGUAUUUUAUUUCCUUCAAUAUUAUAUUUGUUAGUGUUAUAUGAUGUGUUGGUUUAUUUCUUGGUAUUAUGAACUCUGUGUAAUUUGUUUUUUGAGUGAAGCUAACUCUAUGGAUGGGUUGGUUUAUCUUUGAGGUAGGAUUAAUUUCAGUAGGUUUCUUUAAUAGACAUCUGAUACAUAUUGUUGGGAUUUUGGUUUUUUCUGUGGUAUGUAUAAACAUAGAGAUUUGUUAGGGCUAGCUUGUCUGCUGGUGUUUUGGGUGUUAAUUUAUUAGAUGGCUUUUGUAAAAUGCACUUUUUAAUUUUUG